AUGGUAAUCUUCAUAGCAAGCAUCAUCGUCCCAGCAGUGGGAACGCUUGCCGGAGCCUCUUCUGGACCGUCCAUGUUGUUGCCAGGCUGCCCUGACAAGUGCGGCAACGUAUCCAUCCCAUACCCCUUUGGGAUUGGCGCGCACUGUGCUGCAAUCAGCCUGAACAGCUACUUCAACCUCGACUGCGACAGCACGGUCGAUCCACCAAGGCCAACUGUGGGUGAUCCGGAUGUAGCAGCUGAGAUCGCCGACAUCUCACUGAAGUAUGGCGAGAUGCGCGUAUACAGCCCCGUCAACCACAUCUGCUUCACGUCGAACACCACAUUCACCAAGUUCACCACAGGGUACGAUCUGAAGCACACGCCCUUCCUCCCGUCACCGUCACGCAACCGUUUCACUGUCAUUGGCUGCAACACCCUUGGGCUCAUCACCGGCUACAAAGAAACCGCGGGCCAGUAUGUGACUGGCUGCUACUCGAACUGCGAGGGCAUCAAUAAUACGUCUGAGGGUGCGCCAUGCAAUGGGAUGGGCUGCUGUGAGGUUGCCAUCCCCACCAACCUCACCUCCUUGGAUAUAAUAUUUGAGAUGACCCAGAGCAGGGUAUGGAACUUCAACCCAUGCUUCUACGCCAUGGUGGCAGAGGUUGGGUGGUACACCUUCAGGCAGCAGGACCUUGCCGGCACACUUGGGUUCAUCGAUAGUCGAGCCAAGAGGGGUGCUGCCGUUGUUGUCGACUGGGCCAUUAGGAAUGGCUCAUGCCCAGAGAAUGGGAAAGACAUACCUACUGACUAUGCUUGCAUCAGUACAAACAGCUAUUGCAUGGCCACGAACAAUGGUCCAGGAUACUUAUGCCAGUGCUCCGGAGGAUAUGAGGGCAAUCCUUAUCUUAUGAAUGGCUGUCAAGACAUAGACGAGUGCACAUUGCGCAAGCAGGACCCCAAGUAUGAAGAUCUGUAUCCAUGCAGACAAGGGGUCUGUAACAACACACCCGGGAACUACUCUUGCAUAUGCAAGAGAGGAACACGAUCUGAUGGUACAAAAUUUGGAUGCCGGCCUUUGUUGUCUUCGGAUAAAAAAUUGGUCAUUGGGCUGAGUAUUUCUGCAACUUCGGUGAUGGCCUUAGCAUGCUUGCUACUCAUGCAAUUUCAAAUGAAAAGGCACAAGAGGGAGAAAGAUGAGUAUUUCAGACAAAAUGGAGGUCUCAAGUUAUAUGAUGAGAUGAGGUCAAAGCAGGUUGACACAAUCCGCAUAUUGACGGAGAAAGAGAUAAAGAGAGCCACUGACAACUACAAUGAAGAUCGCGUUAUUGGUUGUGGUGGUCAUGGAAUGGUCUACAGAGGAACUUUGGAUGAUCAAAAAGAGGUCGCCAUAAAGAAGUCCAAAGCAAUCAAUGCUGAUUGGAGAGAAGAAUUUGUCAAUGAGAUUAUAAUCCUGUCACAGAUCAAUCACCGAAAUAUUGUGAGGUUACUAGGCUGUUGUCUGGACGUAGAUGUCCCGAUGUUGGUCUAUGAGUUUGUCUCCCAUGGUAAUCUAUCCCAGUUCCUUCAUGGUGCUGAUCGUAGAUUGCCAAUCCCCCUUGCUAUUCGCCUGAAGAUUGCUACACAGUCAGCAGAAGCUCUAGCUUACUUACAUUCGUCCACAUCUCGCACAAUCCUACAUGGAGAUGUCAAGUCCGCCAACAUUCUCUUGGAUGACAAACUCAAUGCAAAGGUUGCUGAUUUCGGAGCAUCGGCACUUAAGUCCAUGGAUGAAAGUGAGUUCAUCAUGUUUGUCCAUGGAACACUGGGAUACCUUGACCCUGAGUGCUUUAUCAGCCAUCUUCUCACCGAGAAAAGCGACGUAUACAGUUUCGGGGUGGUUCUUCUGGAGCUAAUGACACGAAAGAGGGCUAUAUACGCAGAUAACUUUAAUGGAAAGCACUCGCUGUCAUAUAGUUUUCCCUUGAUGUUCCAGCGGAAGACGCACCACGUUAUGCUGGACUCUGAAAUUACAGAUGACACGGGUAUGGUGGUCCUUGAGAACAUGGCUGAACUUGCAGUUCACUGCCUUAGCCAGAGGGGAGAUGACAGGCCAACAAUGAAGGAAGUUGCAGAGAGACUAGAGAUGAUGAGGAGACUUUAUUCGCAUGCCGCUAGUUCUUGCGAACAUAACUGCUUUGCACGCAGCUAUGUAGCAUCAUCUUUAGCGGCUGUCCCUUUGGAAGAGACAACAUGCGGGACCAUCGAUAUGUCUGAGCUGGUUGAAGAUCUUGCAAGAUGAUGUUUGUAGUCAAUUCUUUUGUUCGGGAUAUGCAGCACUAAAUAUUUAACCCACCCAUUGUUGUAACAAGUUAGCCAGUUUACGGAGCAAUAAUCCUAGCAUUUGAUUUGACAUGCCGGAGAAAUCGCCACAUACGCCAUUGUUCCUUUGGUAGAACA